AUGAGAUUUUUGAGGAGCAAUGUUAGUAGCAGAAGUAGAGGCAGGUCACGUUCAAGUCCUAUGUUCGUUAGGAAGAAGAAUGGCGCCAAUGAAACCCAAGAGCCUUCCUCCCCAAAAGUUACCUGCAUAGGACAGGUCGGUGUCAGGAGAGAAAGCAAAAUCCGGGAGGAUUCAUCAAAAGUUGAACCAAAAUUUGGCAACAUAAGUGAAGAUGCAGGGCAAGAAAGUGAAGUGGAAGAUGAGGAAAAUAAGAUGUAUGUUUCCUACAGUAUUUCACCACCAAAGAAUGCGUUGUUAUUGACGAGAAGCAGGUCUGCGCUGUAG